GUGACAUGCGGAAGAGUUGUAGACAAGCAUGUCUGCGUGACCUUCUAUAAACAUCUCUAUCACAAUAAACAGACGAAAGUGAAUUGGUGAUGAUUUUUUUCCAAGAGUAUUAAUUAAAAAGCUAAAAUGGACCCCAACUUGCAGUACUGGCAAAGCAAUGGAAAGUCUUUUAUGAGCCGACUGCGUCUCUGGUUCAAUAUCCUCGACCCCAGUUCUAUGUUGUCAUCAGAGGCUGAAAUUUUGAAGGCCCGCACUCUUCUUCAGAAUCAAGGUAUUAAGCAGACAGAUGGAAAAGUUGCUAAUGCCUGGUUACUGUCUCUUUCAUCUGUCCAUUCUGAUACUGGAGCAGCAAUUCCACCAUUAUUUCGUUCACAAGUUUUUCUUCCUGUAUCAGCUCCUUUGAUUGUUGCAAGUUUAAUACCCCAUAAAGGAGUUAAGCCUGCAUUGUUCUGGCAUUUUUUGCUACAGAGUUACUCUGCUGGAUUCAACCAUUGUAACAGGAAUGCAACUGUGACUAAGGACAACAAAACAUCAAUGAAGCAGUCUAUUCUUAUUGUUGGAACAGUUUCCUACUCAACAUUCGCAGGGGCUCUUCCUCAGAUUAUACUCCAGCAUUUUAGACUAAUCAGUACUGUGGCUGAGACCUUUUGUAGAUCAUUCUUACCUAUUCCACUUUCAGCUUGUCUAGCUGCAUUCAGUGUAAUCGUGGUGAGAAGUGAAGAAUCAGAAAAUGGAAUACGAGUGUUUGAUUCCAAUGGGAAUGCUGUUGGAGUCUCAAAAGAAGCUGGUUCCAAGGCUGUAAAAGAGACUGCAAUCUCGAGAGCGACUCUCUUUGGCACCACUGCAGCUGUUCCAAGUCUUCUGCUUGCCCUCCUCAAAAGGGCAAAGUUUGUCCAGAGGAACCCAAUGACAAUCGCCCCUGUACGACACAUCAGUACUGCCAUUGUUUUUGGUUUAAUGAUUCCUGUGUCCUUCAGUCUGUUUCCACAGCUUGGCAAGAUUAAGAAGGAGCAUUUGGAAGAGGAGUUUCAGUCACUUGCCGGUAACAAUGAACUGUUUUACCACAGGGGACUCUGAUAUUGUAAUUGCAAACUUCUGAGGGUGACUUUUAUUGACAGAUUUGCUCACACAAAAUGACAAUAAAAGAA